CUCAACUUUGAUAAAAAAGUGCAACAUUGAAAUGCUCUUGCGUCGCUCUCCAUCUCCCUCCCCAAGCCGCCAAGGAAAGAGCUUGACAUUUUUUUUAGCGAAGAAAUCACUCACUAUUACCAAACCUCUCCCGCUAAGUUUCUCUCUUCUUAUUAGUAUUCCUGAUCUUUGCCGCCGCCACUGCCACUGCCACUGCAAUUGAUUUCUGGUUUACUGCAAUUUAUUGGUUUCGAUGUCGGUAAGAACUGUGAAAAUCAGCAAUGUCUCCUUAGGGGCGACUGAGCAAGACGUAAAGGAGUUCUUUUCCUUUUCUGGUGAAAUUGAAUAUGUGGAAAUGCAUAGUGAGAAUGAGCGGUCUCAGACUGCAUAUGUUACCUUCAGGGAUCCUCAAGGUGCAGAGACUGCAGUUCUUCUUUCGGGAGCAACAAUAGUUGAUCAGUCUGUUGCCAUAGCUUUUGCACCGGAUUACAAGUUGCCACCAGCUGCUUCAGCAACACCUAUUGCAGCAGAGAACAAAAAUGCUGGUGCUGCUGGGUCUGCUGUCCAAAAGGCAGAAGAUGUUGUCAGUGGCAUGUUGGCCAAGGGCUUCAUUUUGGGCAAAGAUGCACUCAACAAAGCGAAGGCCCUUGACGAGAAGCACCAGUUUACUUCCACUGCCACAGCCAAAGUUGUUUCUCUGGACCAGAAGAUCGGUCUUACUGAUAAGAUCAACAUGGGCACCACUAUUGUGAAUGACAAAGUGAAGGAAAUGGACCAGAAGUUUCAUGUUUCUGAAAAGACCAAGUCUGCUUUUGCAGCUGCCGAACAAACGGUUAGUACUGCUGGAUCUGCCAUAAUGAAGAACCGCUAUAUUUUGACCGGGGCUUCGUGGGUCACUGGUGCUUUCAAUAGGGUCGCCAAGGCUGCCGAAGAAGUGGGGCAAAAAACAAAGGAAAAGAUGGCAGAGGAAGAACAGGGAAGACAUUUGUCAGAGGGUUAUGCUCAGAUUCAUGACCCAGGAUCCCCAAAAUCUGGUUCAAGUGAGCAAUCUUCCAAGCCCAUGCCUGCACAGGGCUUGAUCCUUUGAUUUGCUAAAUCUUGUGUAGAUAUAUGCAAAAUCUAGUUUGAAUCUUGGGAGUUCUAGUGAUUAAAUGCCCUUUUAAGCCUGUUGGAUACUAGUAAAUUAUAUUGUUGGGGAUUGUUUGCAUUGAUGAAACUUCUUUGUCAAAUAUUAUGCAUCUGGAUCUAUACAGUAUGCAACACAGUUCUAUCUGUCGUCUUCAACUUUUGGCAUCUAUGUAGUAUGUGCAGCUUCAACUUUUGGCGUCUAUACAGUAUGUUAUGCAACUCGGGCUCGAGCUUGGGCAGAUUUUUUUACACUUCGGGCUAAACUUGAACAGAUUCUUUGCCCCGCCGGACCUGUUUGAGUUGCAGCCCGACAACUACAUACUACUAUACUAGUCUGCUGAGGGAAGUUUUUUGGCAGUGGCGGGAUAUUGUUCCAACAUCUUUUAAAGGUCAUGCAAUCAGGCGAGGCUUGUCCUAAAUGUAAGGGGCUCAUAAUGAUUGCGUGGCUCCUAGGAGAAUUAGGCAAUGCUUCAAAAAGCACCAAAUAAUUUUUUCUUUAUUGGACUCUUAUCGUUGAUUCAUUGAUUUAUGUGAAACUGUUGCACACUUUAAA